UCUGCGUCGCAUCCACCUUCUGACAUUUUCAAUGACAGUUUGCACACAUUUUGUUACAUUUCUUUGAUAUCAAAGGUGGUCAAAUCAUAAGGUGACCGCUAUGCACAGAGCUGUAUAUUCCUGUUCUAAUAUCGUCGGUCCAGCCAUGAUUCGCCAGUGUUUAAAAUGCAGAGUGCCCCAGCAGCUGAGCUCACGUGCGUACAGUGUGGUGCCGACCCCACGCGACAGUGAGGAGAAGGAGAUGCUGCACCGGAUCCUGCGCGUGGAUCACGCGGGUGAAUACGGGGCCAACCGCAUCUACGCCGGCCAGAUGGCAGUGUUGGGUCGGUCAAGUAUAGGACCUCUCAUCCAGGAAAUGUGGGAUCAAGAAAAGGUACAUCUUGCAAAAUUCACUGAGAUUCUGGCAGAGAGCAGAGUCCGCCCCACAGCGCUGUUACCCUUCUGGAACAUCGCUGGCUUUGUAUUAGGUGCGUCCAGUGCACUGCUGGGAAAAGAGGGCGCCAUGGCCUGCACUGUGGCGGUGGAGGAGAGUAUUUCAGAGCACUACAACAGCCAGAUAAGAGCUCUGAUGGAGGAGGACCCCGACAGAUACACUGAACUGUUACAAGUAAUAAAGGAAUUCCGAGAUGAUGAGAUUGAGCAUCAUGACACAGGAUUGGAGCAUGAUGCUGAAUCGGUUCCUGGAUACUGGAUACUUAAAAAUGCAAUUCAGCUUGGCUGCAAAGCUGCAAUAUAUGCUUCUCAGCGAAUCUAACAUUGUGAUUGGAAUAAUGGACUUUCUUUGGACAAUAUUUGACAUGUUGACCCAGUAUAUAUAAAUGGUUUGAAUUUGAUUGUUGUACUUUGCAAGAUACAAACAUUCAAAGCAACCUAGAUAAAUCAUAAUGUCAAAUCAUGUCUACAAUGUAUAAGACAUGGACAGUUUAAUUAAGUGUGUUGGUCAAUAAGCUGCAUUCAGACCAAAUUGUCAUUGGUUGGUACAAUCGCUGGUGUUACUUUCAUAAGUAGAAAAGAGACUCAUAACAUAAUUUUUUGGGUGUGGGAUUGUAAAUGUGUGCAAGAGAGAAAGACAAAAAGAGACAAAGCUCCUGUCUUUAAAGAAUGGGUAAUUGUUUUGCUGCUUUUACAAAACAAUAUAAUAUCCAAUAAAGAACACCAUUUGUAA